GGAGCGCGCGGCGCGCUCUGCCGCGGCCCUGGAGUCGCGCGGCGGCGCGGCGCGCGACCAGAGACUCGCACGCCCGACUGGCGACUAGCACCAGUCGCGCGCGGGACUGCGACGAGUGAGCGUGCAGCUAGCACCGCGCGGCGGGCGACGGCGGCGCGCAGAGUGGAUGUCGCGCGCCCAUGAACCCCGAGUUGAGGCGCAACUGUCAUUCAGUAACAGCCGUGUCUGAGCGGUGCCAUGCCGGCGGCCCACCUGCUGCACGCUGUCAUUGACGGCGUGGUGGUGCUUCUGUUUCUGCUCGUGUUCCUCGUGGCCACCGUAGCCAACACGCUCAUAUUGGCCGUCCUCUACCGGCGACCCAGUCUGCGCUCAACAUCCAACAGUUUGAUCUGCAGUCUGAGCGGCACCAACCUGCUCUCCGUCUCCGUGCUGCUGCCUCUGGUCGUCAUCGACACUGCCAAGCCGGAGCUGCUCCACGAUGACGUCUGCCGGCCCAUGGACGCCGUCGCCAUGUUUGUCAUCACGUCAUCCGUCAUCGCCACCGUCAUCAUCGCCGUGGACAAGUUCUGCGCCAUCGAGGAGCCACUGCGUUACCACUCGGUGAUGACGCCGGGCCGCGCGGCGCUGCUGGCCGGCGUCGGCUGGACGGCCAGCCUGGCCUCGGCGGCGGCAUCCACCAUCGGCGAGCUUCGCACGCGCGGCUGGGCCGUCUGCCAGCCGCGCGAGCAGGCCGCCGACCCGCACGACCACAGCGACGAGUUCCGUGACAACCGCUCGUGGACCAGCCGCCGGCAGCUGGUCAUCAUCGUCCAGACGGCGGUCGUGUUCUUCCUGCCGCUGGUACUCCUCACCUGGAUCUACUUCUGCAUCUCGCGUGCGGCGCGCCGGAGCAGCGCUCGCGCCCGCUCGUGCGCGCAGCUGCCGCACCGGCCGCCGCCGGAGGCUCCGCAGGGCGAGGAGCUGCCUCCUCCCGAACAGGACCCGGUGACCAGCUGCCUGCGGCGGGUGCUGUCGCGGCUGGUGGCGCUGUGGAACAGCGAGGAGGCGCGCGCCGUCAAGGUAUCCGUGAUGGUGGUGGUGCUGUUCGCCUGCUGCUACGUGCCGUUCUUCGCGAUCGAGCUGGUGCGCGUGUCGCUCGCACGCUCGCUACCGCCCGUCUACACGCACGUCAGUCUGAUUUUCGUGGUGAGUAACGCGGCACUGGCUCCAUUCCUCUACAGCCUGCGCUCGCAGACGAUGCAGGCUGAGGUGCGACGACUGUUUCUCGGUCGGCUGGCCGACAAUCGGCGCUCGGACGCGGCGGGGCGGCGCGCGCGAGCCCGGAGCACGCAGAGCGCCAGUGUAACGCCGUCGGGGGACGGCGAGGAGCCCCCGGAGCCGCCGGGGACUCCCCGGACACGAUUCAACGUGCUAGGUCAUCCGACCUAUAUCCGAGACUCGUCGAUGGAUUCGGACUCGUCGGGCAUGACGGGCGUGACGGCCAUCUCUGUGGAGAGCACAGAGCUCGAGGUGGCACCGAUUCACCGUGUCUGAGCGAGGCGGCCGGCCCGGCGGCGCCGGCGCCGCACGCGCGCUGGAGCGCCUCCGACACAGACGCUGGCGCAGUGGUAGUCAUGCUCGACUCAGAGAAGGAGAUGUGCCUGGACUCGGAAAGGGAGGUGUGAGUCAAUUGGCGUACAAAAGUGACUUACGGGGGUGAUCGUGAACAAACGUGUGUGUUGUGCAGCUGU